AUGCCAGAGAAGGUUCACACCAAAUUUGGAGAGUCAGACGAUGAGUCUUCCAACCCUCAAACAAGUGAUCUCCCGCCGGCGUCGCUAGUCGAGGAGGGCAACCGCAAGAAGAAGCGCAACAAGAAGCGGAAACUCGACCAAGUUGCCGAGGAGUCGCAGACUGCGACGAGCGAGCGGUCGGUCCAAGUCGCAAGAACCGACAAGACGUCACCGACACGACCAGUGACUCCAAAGGAAGCUUCCGAAAAUGAGCAUGCUCCUGCAAUUGAGCAGGGAGAUACACCUGCCGAGACGUCCAACUUCACAUCCAAGCCCAAGCCCAAGUCAAAGCCCGUUCAUCGGUCCCUCACCGACACGAAAACAAACUUCAACUCGUUACGUGAAAAAGCCAACAAGCUCUACGAAUCUCGAAAAAAGCUUCCUAUUUUUAACCAUGCGGACGAGAUUCGACAAAAGCUUCGUGAUCAGGAUGUGAUGCUCUUGGUCGGUGAGACCGGUUCGGGAAAGAGUACGCAGAUUCCACAAUUCCUCGUAAAUGAGUUCUGGUGCCGACCGACGCCCACGAAGAUACAAAAGGGAGAUGGGUCAGAAAAGCCAAAAACAGUCGGCGGGUGCAUUGCGAUCACACAACCACGUCGAGUCGCUGCGAUUUCGCUGGCCCGUCGUGUGGCCGACGAAAUGGGAACACCGCUGGGUUCUUCUUCUCCGGCGAGUAAGGUUGGCUACUCGGUGCGAUUUGACACUUCCACAUCACCCAGCACGCGGGUCAAGUUCUUGACCGAGGGUAUGCUUCUUCAGGAGAUGCUACAUGAUCCUUGGUUGACCAAGUAUAGUGCCGUGGUGGUGGAUGAGGUGCACGAGCGUGGUAUCAACGUUGAUCUGGUUGUUGGCUUUCUCCGGAAUCUUGUCUCUGGUAACCUGCAAGGACGAGGAGGCGUGCCCUUGAAGGUUGUGGUCAUGAGUGCUACGGCUGACAUGGAGAGUUUGAUGGGGUUCUUUCAGGAGGGACUCAAGGAGCAACCGCAACCACAACCACCUGUCCACAAAACGAUCACAAAUGAUGAUCAAACCGGAGAGCUGUCGACCCGUGCUCCUCGGAUCAUCACAGCUUGCCACAUCAAGGGACGGCAGUUCCCUGUCAAGAUGAUCUAUUCGCCUGAGCCCGUCCACGAUUUUGUCGAUGCAGCAUUGAAGAUUAUCUUCCAGAUUCACUACAAGGAACCUAUGCCUGGUGAUAUUCUCGUGUUCCUCACUGGUCAAGAGACGGUGGAAAAUCUGGAAAAUCUGGUUAAUGAGUACGCAACGGGGAUGGAUCCAUCUCUACCCAAAAUCCAAGUCCUCCCCUUGUUUGCUGCUCUCCCUCAAGCUGCUCAACAGCGAGUCUUUGCACCUGCGCCACCUCGAACCCGCAAGGUCGUUCUGGCUACAAACAUUGCCGAGACCUCGGUGACGGUCUCUGGCGUACGAUACGUCGUGGAUUGCGGCAAGGCGAAGGUGAAGCAAUUCCGAACGCGUUUGGGGCUCGACUCGCUGCUGGUGAAAUCGAUUUCCAAAUCUGCUGCCAUUCAGCGAAAAGGUCGUGCUGGUCGUGAAGCUCCUGGGCAAUGUUUCCGCCUCUAUACCGAGAAAGACUACUUGGCACUGGACGAGACGAACACGCCGGAGAUUCUCCGGUGUGACCUCACUCAGGCUUUACUCAAUAUGAAGGCUCGUGGGGUGGAUGACAUUGUGCAUUUCCCAUUCUUGACGCGACCCCCUCGAGAGGCCUUGGAGAAGGCCUUGCUUCAGCUCUUGAACAUUGACGCCCUCCAGGAGGAUGGCCGCAUCAGUGAGAUUGGUCUCCAGUUGGCCAAGUUGCCUCUGUCGCCCACGCUUGGACGGGUCCUGUUGGCUGCGUCCGAGCAUGGCCACGAAUGUCUUUUGGACGUGAUUGACAUAAUCUCCUGCCUCAGUGUUGAAAACAUUUUCCUCAACACUACCUCGGAAGAGAAGAAGGAGGCAGCCGAGACAGCCCGACGAGACUUGUAUCGUCGCGAAGGUGACCAUCUGACGAUGCUCUCGACCGUUCGGGCCUACGCGGGCGAGAAUGUGGACCGAAAGGCCUGGGCCGAGCGACAUCUUGUAUCGCAUCGAGCGAUGCAAUCCGUCAUGGACGUUCGCAAGCAACUUCGCGCUCAAUGCCGACAAACCAAGAUGCUCCCGCGAGAAGAGCGCGGUGACCAGUACCCCGACCCAUCCCCCGAACUCAUCCUGCGCAGCUUCCUGGCCGGCUUCGCAACCAACACGGCACGUCUCGUGCCCGACGGCAGCUACCGCACCAUUGUCGGCAACCAAACGGUUGCCAUCCACCCGUCCAGUGUCCUAUUUGGAAAGAAGGUGGAGGCCAUUCUAUAUAAUGAGUUUGUCUUUACGAAUCGUAGUUAUGCCCGUGGCGUCAGCGCUGUGCAGAUGGAUUGGGUUGGGGAAGCUCUGGCGGGCAAGUGA